AUGAGGUUCUUCGCAGUCUUCUACAUACUCUGUGGCCUUGUAGCUGCUAUAGACCCAUACAAGGUUCUAGGUAUUGGCAAAGAUGCCGACGAGAAAACCAUUAAGUCAGCAUAUAGAAGAUUGUCCAAACAAUAUCAUCCGGACAAGAAUCUGGCUGCUGAUGCACACGAUAAGUUUAUUGAGAUCGGAGAAGCAUAUGAAAUAUUGAACGAUCCGCAGAAGAAAAAGAACUAUGACCAGUUUGGAAAUCCAGAUGGCCAAGGAGGAGGACAAGGUGGUUUCGACUUUGGUGACAUGUUCAACCAGUUCUUUCAAGGUGGCGCUGGAGGUGGUCAGCCUCGAAGACGUAGAGGCGCAGACACACAAGUUUCAUUGCGGUUGUCCUUGAAGGAUUUCUUCCGAGGAAGAGACUUUGGUUUCGAUGUGGAAAUGAACAAUAUCUGUACCAAAUGUACAGGUAGUGGAAGCGCCGACGGUAAGAGACACACGUGUUCCAAAUGUGGAGGAAGAGGUGUGAUUACUGUGAGAAGACAAAUGGGCCCUAUGGUGCAACAAUUCCAAACACAUUGUGAUGCAUGUGGAGGAAAAGGCUCCACUAUCGCCAAUAUGUGUAAGACCUGUGGAGGCGGGGGAACCGAGAGGAAGGUUAGACAUUACGACAUCUACAUUCCUGCCGGAACAGAGAGAAACCAUGUGCAUGUUCUUGAAGGAGAGGGAGACCAGAACCCUGAGUGGGAUGCCGGUAACUUGAACGUGGUGUUCUUGGAAGAUUCUCUGAAUAACUGGGGUUACAGAAGAAUAGGCGACAACUUGUACCGCACAGAGGUGUUGAGUGCCCGGGAGGCGUUUGAGGGAGACUGGAUCAGAGAGAUUCCGUUGUUUGAUGAAGAUACCGUAACUAUCAAGCGUGGCAAGGGUCAGGUGGUUAUAGAUGGACAAGUGGACGUGAUAAAGGGGCACGGAAUGCCAUUAUUGAAUGAUGAUGGUGAAUUCGGCACUUUGUUUGUUCAGUACAGGGUAGUGCCUGUGGGCAAUGGUGGUGGAGGAAGUGGCAACGACGAGUUGUAA